UAAACCACUACAUGAAGUUAACCAGCACUUUGCAGCCACAGAUCGAUUCAUUUAUCGCUGCAUUCAAGUUUGCGUGGGCAUACAUGUGGGCAUUAUGUAAAGACGUCGGAUUUGGCUGCCAGGUGCCACUACAUAGUAAAUAGCUUCUUCUAAGUUAAGGAUAGAACUUGGACUUUUUAUUUUACACUCUCAUUUUUAUACACACCCCACCAGACAAAACUCAUAAUUGGUGAUAAUAUUCCACACCUUGAUAAUACCUCACUAUCGAUAGUUCGAGACCUCGGCAAUAAAGAGAAAUCAAAAGAGAUAGUCAUGGCUGAGAUCCAAGCUCGGCUUCAGAGCCUUUCGGAGGAGUUCACCAAGCUGCAGCAAGAGCUACAAACUGCUGUUCAAUCCCGACAGAAACUUGAGGCUCAGAAACAAGAGAACUCAAACGUGCAGAAAGAGUUUGAACGUCUGAAAAACGGGGAGAACAUUUACAAACUAGUUGGCCCAGUCUUACUCAAGCAAGACAAGAUCGAGGCAGAAAGCACAGUCAAUGGACGAUUGGAAUUCAUUGGCAAAGAGCUCGAUAGGACAGAUGACCAGAUCAAAGAGAUGCAAGGGAAGAUUGAGAAUAAGAAAGGAGAGAUAAUUCAGUUGCAAGCAAGCCUGCAGGGUGGAAGUGGCGCUCCAGGAAAAGUUGCAGCCAAAGGCUGAGAUGUGUGCCACUGAAUCCUAGAUCGAUCUCAAGAUAUUAUCUGAGGUUCAUGGUGGACAAACGUUUGCCUAUUAUGUUAUUUGUCAAUCUUAAUCUGUGAAAGUGUACAUGAGGUGAAGCGCAUGAGAUUCAGGUAGGUAGAAGUCUAACCCAUCUACCUACCUACAUAUAUGAAGAGGUAUUUCCAGUCAACUUUGAAGGACUUUGAGGUCUGGAAUUACUAUAUAUAUGUACCUAGUAACAUUAAACAUGACUGUGCAACAUUCAAGUUGGGCCACGAACUCGACAUAACUACAUAUGAC